GCGAAUCUAGAUUCACGUAGUGCUUUAUUGUGCUCAUCGCUCACAGCAGUCGUAGAAAAUGAUUUCAAAAAAUUUUAUUGUGUUGUGUUUAGCUACUCUUUUUGGACUAUCAAAUGCCUUUGUUCCAUCCUACAUUGAAGUCUGUGGACGACGCAAUCCGAAUCUGGACCAAUGUGUAGUAGACAGUGCAAUAAAACUACUGCCGAAAUUGAGAGUUGGAAUUCCUGAGCUAAAUGUACCCCCACUCGAACCUCUGGAAAUUGAAGAACUUCCUAUGGCCAAUCUUGAUUCCUUUAAAGCUUCUGCGACUAAUGUUAAGAUCAGCGGCUUGUCUAAUUUUACUAUUAUAACUUAUAAUGUUAGACUUCAAGAGCAGAAAAUCUACAUGGACGUUAUAUUUCCUCGUGUCCAACUCAAUGCUGAUUACAAUGUGAAAGCGAAAAUUCUAGUAUCUAUUGCCGAAAAAGGACCUAUUGACAUGGUCACAGAAAACAUACGUGCGAAGGCUACAUUGAAAUUUCGGUUGGUCGAACGUCGUGGACGUCAAAUUAUGUUUUGGGAAGAAAUGACAACAAAAGUUUUUGCUAAAGACUACACGGCUAGUUUUGGUGGUGGUGGUGAACAGAAACCUCUGGCUCAGGCCAUCAAUCAAGUUCUGCAAACAAGUAGAAAAGAGAUCAUCGAAAGCAUUACACCAUCUUUGGAGCGAGCCCUUUCUGCAAAAAUUCUAGAUAUUAGUAAUCGUAUAUCAAAGAACUUUUCUUAUGAAGAGUUAUUCCCCGAUCGUGAAUGAAAGAGUAACAUUAACUCACAUAAUUCUAAUUUGCAAUAAGGAUCGAUUUUCCUGAAAAUUCAUAUUGAAGUUUUAUUUCUAUUGUCAAUGCAUAAUUCAUAUUGAUUUGAAUAUGAUCGUAAAAUGAAAUUAUAUGUUAAGUCUGUAACAUUCAAAAUUUUUUUUCAAGCCAUAGCGUUUGAUUAAAAAAUAUUUUUCAAAACGAAUUGUAUAUAGUUUAUUUAUGAUGAACUACAUUUAUGAUUUUGCGAUUAUGAUCAUGCGAUAUAGUUAGAUUUUGUAUAAUGAUUCUUAAUAAAAAAAAUCGAAUGUAAAUCGUA